CUCACCUCUUUCUCUUUUCUCAUACUCUUUCUCAUCUGUUUCAAAUCGACCCUAAAUAUAUUUAAGAGAUUUUGAGUAAUUUUGUGCAUAAUUAAUUAAAAUGUUAUUUUCAUUAAAAAAAUAAUUAAUUAAUGUUGUUGAGACUACCUAAUAAAAAGUCUUGUUCAUACGAAUAAAAGGUUAUUGCUCAACAACACAAUCAGUGGGAAUAAAAACAUUGAGAUGAAAUGGUGGCUGGUUGGAAAAUGGGGGAGGAGAAGAACCAUCCCAUUCUCAUUCCCCCACAGAACCUUACGUUCAGAUGCAGCGUUGGAAGCCAUAGCUAAAGCUUCCGUAGAUAAAGUUCCCACUAUAGUUCUCUACAAUUACCCAUCCUUUUCUGGAGCAUUCUCCUCUCUCUUCGCUCACCUCUUCCACACUCGUCACAAUCUCCCUUCCCUUACUCUUCCUUUCUCUUCCGUUCCCUCCCUCGCUUUCACUGUUGAAGAUUUGUGUAUUGAAGGCCUUCAAACAUGCUACCUUCUCGACUUUCUUCCUCCAAAGGAGUUCCUUUUCAAACUUUCCCAUCAUUCAAAUUGCAAGAUUAUUGGGUUUGAUCAUAGGAAAUCAGUGCUUACGCAUAUUCCUUCUGCAAAUGAGUAUCCUGAGAAUAUUAUGAUUAAUGUUAACCUUGACAAGAGUAGCUCCAGAGCUGUUUAUGAAUACUUUACCGACAAAUGCAAGGAUAUUAAAACUUCUAAUGGUGUGGUUUCAAGUUUGGUGGACUCAAAAGAUAAAGGCCGUGUGGAGAAUAUUCUUAGGUAUAUCGAGGACGGAGAUCUUCGCCGAUGGAGCUUGCCUGAUAUUAAGCCCUUUAACAUUGGACUAGGUGAAUGGCGGCCGAGGUUUAGCUGCAUUUCUAACCCAUACAUGUUUAAGCAGUUGAUGGAAUUGAGUGUUGAAGAGUUAAUUGCUAAAGGAAAUUCAUCUAUUUCAGCUCGCCGGAAUGCUGCAAGUAAAUUGCUGGAAAAGGUUUUCAGGGUUCGGCUGGGUAGAGGAUUUUAUGGAGAGUGUCUGGGAGUUCGGGCAGAUGGGAACUCUAACUUAAGUGAUGAAAUUGGUUUGCUUCUUAGUGUUAAAAGUGCUGCUAUUGGUUUGAGGCCUAUAGGAGCUGUGAUAUUCAUGCAACGGAAUAAUCUCAAAAUGUGUUUGCGCAGCUCUGAUAGUGCUACUGAUACUUCUGAGGUUGCUAAGGCAUAUGGCGGAGGAGGUUCUGCAAGUUCAAGCUCCUUCAUAAUAAGGAUGGAUGAGUACAACCAAUGGAUUUCAGCAAAUCCGUUAUGAUGGUUUCUGGGUUUGAAUAUAGUCUUGGCUUGCUGUCAUGAAAAUGCUCAUUUGAUAAAUUCACUAGGGGUCUUUAUUGAAAUCUUCAGUGACAAUAUGAUCCUUAUUGAAAUCAUUAGUGACAAUAUGAUGGCUUGUGGCACUUGAUAUAACAUAUCAAAUUCUGUGGCAAAAGGGAUCUAUUGAGACAGAGACGCUGAGGAUGUGAUGAUUGUAGAACACUUUGCAUUCCCCGUUUGAUAUGGAAGAUGACAGUAGUGUUUUUGUAACUUAUCUGUUGGCUGUCAUGAUAAUUGAUGAUGCGUGUGAUAUAAGUUGAGGAACAAAGCAUUCAUCUUGGGAGUAAACAAGCUACUGUAGGAAGUUGAUUUCAUGGACAACAAUGUUGAAGAAGAUGAAAAGGAAAUAACAUUCCCGGUGUGUAUUUUCUGAUGAGUCUUAAGGCUCACAAUCGUUUUUCCACAACUUUUAGUUGGACUUUCUUCCACAGGUGUUUUUUCUAUACAUAUUCUUUUUUCCAUUUUCAGUGCUAACCUGAAAAUAAACAUUUAAGUUGUAUUCAGUUAUUAAUUUCUCUGACUUUUAUC